UGCCAUCUUGUCUCGUAGGGAGGCGAUGUUAGUUUUAUUUUUGUUUAUUUUAGAGAUUAUAUAAAUUAUCCUUGUACGUUCUGGUGGAUUCUAUGAAGCUGAGGGCCUGUGAAAGAUAGAGGACAAGGCUGGAAGCUUUCCGUCUACAGCCUAAGGAUGAUAAUGGCGGUUUUCUUUAGCUGUUUCUCUGCUGGUAGAGAGAGAAGAAGCUCUGCUGGUACAAACAUUGAUCUUAACACUUCACCUGUUGCACACAGAGGAAGCAGUCCAUUGCAAGCUGAGAUAGUUUGUGUUGAGCUACUUAAACGUACCAAUGAACCACUAGGACUGAGACUAGAGGGAGGUACAGAUUAUGAUCAACCCGUCAAAGUAGCCCAGCUUUAUCCAGGAGGCGUGGCUUACAUGAGUGGUGCUCUGCAGCUUGGAGAUAAAGUCCUGAGCAUUAAUGGAACCGUGACUGAGAGACUCACGAAUUCUGAGGUGGUUGCUUUACUCGAGAACUCUGGGAACAUUGUUAACCUCGAGAUUGCUUUUGAGACAUCUUCUAAAGGUAUACAGAAGAUAGAUGAUGGAAUGGAGUUAAAAACAGCAUUCAUAACAAUGUCGUGCGAUCCUAGUCUAUUUCCUGGUUUUGUCAUUAGCGGUGGUCGUUUAGAAAACAGACCUAUUACCGUAUCCCAUGUUAAACAAGGCUCCUAUGCCUACAGGAAGGGGAUACUAAGAGCCGGGGAUAGGAUCCUACAGAUUAAUGGUGUCGAUAUGAGAGGAGCCUCCAGGAGUGAGGCCGAUCAGCUACUGGUCCCAUCAGUUGAUGGACUGUGCACUCUUCAAAUUGAGUACGAUAUCCCAGUUCACGAUGGUUUGGAGUCAAACAGUGGUCCUCUUAUUGUUGAGUUGCAGAAGCCUCACGGUGCCAGUCUGGGAAUCACUCUAAGUGAUGAGAGGGUCCCUGGUGAGCCUAUAAUGAUAUCAAGAAUAAGAGAAGCUGGCAUUGCUGACAGGAUUGGCAUAUUACACUGUGGCGAUAGACUCCUCUCUAUCAACGGAGAGAAACUGAUCGAUAAGUCGGUACAAGAGGCAAAGCAUUUAUUGAAUCAUUCUGACAUCACUGUUAAACUCGAGGUCAUGCUAGCUAAUAAUUUCACUGAUACUGAUGGAGGGAGAUUACCUGUAUCACCUGCUGAUGACGCCAUUAGUCGAGUAUCAUCACGCUGCUCUCAGUCGGUGCCUGUUGAAAACCAAAGAAGACCCUCACAAUUAUCAUUAAUAUCAGCUACCUCGUCCAAUCAAGUUAUGUUGCAUCCAGAGAUUAUGACUAUCACAUUAUCAGCAGAUCCCAUUGGCUUUGGUAUAGCAAUAGAGGGCGGUACUGAUGAGUUCAGCAGCUAUCCUGUUGUUAUAUCGGAAAUAUUUCCUAACGGCCCAGCAGCAAUACUCGGUAGAUUAUUAGAAGGUGAUCGUAUACUAUCCAUUAAUGAUGAGAGUCUAAGUGACGCGUCUUUGGACCACGCCUCUAAACUGAUCAAAGAAGCCGAUGACACUUUGAACAUGGAAAUCGAAUUUGAUGUUGUUGAUUCAUCAGUAGUUCCUACUUCUGGGACGUUUGAAGUUUCACUCCUCAAAACAGGUUUUCUUAAUUUAGGAUUAUCGAUAAGAAAGAGUGGAGACAAAGUGUGGAUAUCUGAUCUUAAAAAAGGCGGGAUUGCUUACAGGAGUGGUUCGCUUAAAGUUGGUGACAUAUUGCUGACCAUCAAUGGUGUGAGUGUGGUGAAUGGUACACCACACGAGGCAGCUGCUCUAUUAACUAGCAGUGGAGAGAGAAUAUCACUAAGUGUCAGGAGAGAAGCAACCAAUAACUUUAUGCCAUCAAAGCAAUUACAGUCAAAGUCCACUCCUGUCAUUUAUGCUGUGGAGCUAACAAAGAAUGGAGAUAGCCUAGGGAUAAGCCUUGAUGGUUCCGAGCAGCCAGGACAGCCCAUUGUGAUUUCAAAGAUUAGAGAAGGAGGUGUUGCCCAUAGAACUGGUGCUAUUAAGGUUGGUGACAGGAUAAUAGCUAUCAAUGGAGAGUCCCUGCUUACUAAAACCAUUGACGAUGCUUGCUGGAUACUCCAGAAUGCUGGCAAUACAGUAACACUGAAGAUUAGCAAGGGCGUGGUUAGACGAAGACAGAGACCGAAAAUGAUGACUUCUACAAAUCGAUAUUACAAGCAGCAAAGAUACAACAAUAGAUUUAAGAGUAACUCUCGUAUACCCAGUCGUAUCAGCCACAGCAGUGAAUCAGAACUAAGUGCAUCAUUCACUAGCCUAGAAGGAUCAGUACCUUAUCUGGUUCACUCCCGACACCCUCAUGAGAAAAGACAACAACAGCUUCCUUUUAUGAACGGGGCAGUGCCAGGACGAUAUAGUCCCUCUAGGGGUCCUAGGGGAAGUGGGCGUGGUCGAUUGAGUCCAACGAAAGAGCGUACGAGCCCCAACAGGGAGAGAAACGGGGGAUCAAAGGCUGGGGGUGUAGGGCUAAAGAAUGGAGGUGUGGACGGGUUCCAUCGUUUGAGUAUUACAGAGACUACAGAUGAGGAGACUCAAGAGGAACCGCCUCUUCUCUGGGAAGGGGAACAAGCUAACGGGGGAAUUAGGAAACCAGGGGCUUCAAGGAACGGGGCUUAUUCUAAUAAAAGCCCGCACAGCCCACUAGUAGAGUCGACGUCAAGUUGGAGGAAUAAUUUAAAGAUUGUUCCGAGUUCGUCGGAAAUAUCUGAGACUCACGAUUCGUCUGUCUCCCACGCUCCCCCUCCUGCCCCCUCCUCUGAGCAGCACCCUGUUCACGAUGGAUUUGAAGAGAAGAUGAUGGAGACUAUUUAUCGGAGUCAAGGGUUCACGAGGAAGCUACGCCAUCUUGCACAGUCUGGAUCCUCUGCAGAGGAAAGCGAUCAGGAAAUGAGUGGUUUAUUUCUUCAUCCUCACUAUCCUUUCUCUCUCCACCCUCCCCCUUCUCACCCAGAGCCUGGAGAAGAACUCAUAGAAGUGACGGUUGUUAAAGAGAAGGACUUUGGGUUUAGUUUCAGUGAUGGGCUAAGCGAACCAGGUGUGUAUAUAAAUCAGAUUAAUCCUGAAGGACCUGCUGCCCACUCUGGACUUCAGUCCUAUGACAGAAUCAUCGAGUUUAAUGGAUCGCAUGUUGCUGAUUAUGAUUGUUUCAAGCUUCGACCAUUGUUCUCAGGGACUGAUACCAUUGUACUGACUGUACUUCGCAAGUCUCUCUCAAGUGGAGUGGGGAAUGGAGCAGCUGCCAAGUCCAUUAAUUUACCCACCACUUCCAACGGUCCCAGUCUACCAGUUUACUUAUCCUCAUUGACUGAUGAUGAGGGCCAAUGAGUUGUGCGACCAUCUCUCUCUCUCUCUCUCUCUGUGUCCCUUAUUACUGUAUUUAUGUAUCAUCAACAUCUUGUCUCUCUAUCUCUCCCUUUCUUCCUCUCCAUCUCUUGAAAUUUUGUAUCAAAUAUUAAAUAUUAUUAUUUAUGUAUUAUUCCAAGAACUAAAAGUAUAAUAAGACA